GAGAGCAUGGGGGGGAAGGUCAAGAGGGAGCUGACGGCCGAGAACGGGAAUGAAAUUGAGCCAUUGCCCACUGGGAGGUUUCAUAAACACCUAGCGUUGGUCACCGGGCCCGGGGAAUUAGAAACACCCGGUCCUGCGUUUGCAGCAGACGGGUAAACGGCUGCGGUAAGAGGCCCGGGUUCUCGCCGCCAUGUUUGUUGGGGGCAAUGUUCCAUGAACGCCCGCGGAGCCGCCAUCUUUAUUGGGAGCAAGAUGCUGUAGGGCGCGUGCGCAGUCUUUUGCCCGUGCGCUCACAGGUUCAGCUCAAGCCAAGAGGAAUGUGUGCGUCUCUGCUGCAAUUUUAUCCAGAAUGAAUGGCUGAAGGAAUUUUCUGUGGUAAAUCCCUUUUCUAGGAGAUGGGAAGGAUUGGUCCACGAGAAACCCAAACGAAACAUAUCAUCAAGACCUGACAGAGUCAUUCCAUUCAUCAGCACCUUGAAUAUCACCAGCUUUUGAAUGUGAAAGAAGCAAUGCUUAUCCUUGAAAAAGGAUUUCAGAACGUUUGAGAAGGACCUGCAAUGACAUCGCCUACUCACUGGGUAAUUCCUGAGCUGUGAGAUUUUUCUCUGACUUCACUUCUUCCCAUAGAUUUCCGGCUGGCGACUCCAGUAGGGGAUUUUUCAAAGCACAAUAUUUGUUUGGAAGAACAGUUUCACAGAUAUUAAAUGGGAGGAUUUGAGGUCGGAAGGGUGAAACCGAAAUCAUAUCAGGAUCUGAUGAAGUUGCCCAAUUCGUCGUUACCUUUUAAGAUCGCUGGAUUUUAAACAUGGAAGGAAACGGCGCCCUUCAGUGUAGUGUGUGUGGGCCCAGCUUCAGCCAGUCACCUGCCCUGUCCGAACAUGACUGCAGCCAAAGUGGGGGUAAACCUUGGAAAUGUGGAGACUGUGGGAAGGGAUUCAAAUCCCCAUCUGAGCUGGACACUCAUCAGCGCAGUCACACAGGGGAGCGGCCGUUCACCUGCUCUGAGUGUGGAAAGGGAUUCUCUCAAUUGUCCACCCUAAAGACACACCAGCGGGUUCACACUGGGGAGAGGCCGUUUACCUGUCCUGACUGUGGGAAGGGAUUCACUCAGUCCUCUGCCCUGCAGACACACCAGCGGGUUCACACUGGGGAGAGGCCGUUCAUCUGCUCUGACUGUGGGAAGUCAUGCUCUCAGUUAACCAAUCUCCUCGCACACCAACGUGUUCACACUGACGAGAGACCUUUCAAAUGCCCAGACUGUGGGAAAUGCUUUAAAAGUUCUGGGGAACUGAUGCGACAUCAACGCCUCCAUACUGACGAGAGACCGUUCAGGUGCUCCCACUGUGGGACUGGGUUCAAGCGAUCAUCUCAACUCACUGUUCACCAGCGAAUUCACACCGAGGAGAGGCCAUUCACCUGCACCGAGUGUGGGACAGGAUUCACUCGGUCAUCCCAUCUGCUCACCCACCAGCGAGUUCACACUGGAGGGAGGCUCUUCAUCUGCUUAGAGUGUGGAAAGGGAUUCACGCGUUCAUCCAUCUUGGUGAUACAUCGGCGCACUCACACCGGGGAAAGGCCGUUCACGUGCUCUGAGUGCGGUAAGGGAUUCAUUAAUUCGUCCAACCUGCUGAGACACCAGCGAGUUCACAAGCAACCACAAUGACUGAAUUUUGCUGUGGGUCACACCCAGUACUGAGCCAUGUUCAUUGGGGUCUGUUUCUGCUGAUAUUAAUAAAUUCCAGUCUAGUUUUAAAGGUUACUAUCAGCACAAAGCUCAAGUAAAUCAAGGUCAUGUUAAACA